AUGUCCCAAAUUCAAACUCGCAGUUCUUCCAAGUCUCGUGCCCGUCAACUUUGGAAAAAGGUGGGUAAACGAAAUAAAACAAAAGACUUCCGUCCAGUCUCGACAAAAAAGUUCAAUUUGAAUCAUUUUUUUCAAAAUUUUGUGUUGCACUGCAAAUAAUUGCUUGAAAGUUUUUUGUUGUGGUUAUGGGGAGGGGCAAAGUAAAGCUAUUGAGGAAAAAGGAAGAAAAUGGCUUUUCAAGAAAUAAGUACUUUAAUUGAUCUUUUAUUUUUUUUUCCCAUCUCUCACUUCCUCGCUGAUUUCCAGUUUCCAGUUGCUUCUUGUGCCGGUCAAAUAAUUUUGAAUUAUUUAUUCGGCUUGUCUCAGAAAACAAGUUUUUCUCCGUUGGCACACGCAGAUUCCGAGUCCUGGAAACUUUGCAUACUUGAAGUUUUGAUUCAUAUUUGAUUAGAUUUUCGUAUAAGAGAUGGCCAGCACAAAUCACAAGUUUUCACAUGCUCAAAUCGGAUUAUAGACGAAGGAGUUGUAAUUCGAUACUUUUUUUCUGAGAAAUGUUAAUGAUCAGUCUCUCUCAACGGCUACAAUGUUUUGAGGGGCUUGUUGAUUCAGACACCCGUGCAUUAGUGUCAACGUGUUUUGAAUGUGAUUCCUGCUCCUCCGAUAGGUAUUUUUCUUAGUCAUUCCUGCUAGCACCUCCCGAAUUUCAAAACCAUCUCUGUUGACAUUCUGACCCUGAAUCAUCUCAAUUUCCAUAAAGGGUUUCUUGUCAGUGACUCAGCUCAUCCGCCCCUCCUAUUCAAAAUAUUCCGGUCCUACAAAUAUUGAGAUCCUUGUACAUUUUCCCACAAAAAAAUUUUUUUUUUUCUUUUCCUUUUAGAAUGCCCUAAUUGACGUUUUUUGUGGCAUGCUCGCUCGGAACCAGCAGGCAAACUGCAAUGUUUGUUGACUAACAUCAGAAUGCACUGACUUUCGUGUCCAAGUUGUCAAUUAUAAAUUCAAAACUUCCGACGACCCGCAAUAAUCUCCCGAUCAAAACCUAGGCAGAGAGUGUGACUCGGAAAGCGCGCAGACAGGAAAACAAAAAUCUCGAGCCGAAGAACGAACGUUAUGAGUCUCGAGAGAAAGGAAAGGCAAGGCACACAGCUGUUGAACCCAACAAAAAGUCCUUUCUCUUAUCUCCUGUAGUGUUGUUUCCGCUUUCUUUCCUUUUGCGGCUACCUCAAACGUCACUUUGCUUUGUCAAACAUUUUGAAACAAAAUGAUGAUUCAGCUCUCGAUUGUGCCUCAGAAAUUUGAGCCGUUUCCUGUUCUUUUCCGCCUUCGCUCCACUUCCGUCACCGCCAGUUCUCCUCUACUUUAUCACCUCAUCUUUUCAAAUAGUUCGCUUGGUUUCUCACCAUUCAUCGGUGGAAAGCUAUACCAAUAACUGUGUCGUGUUUGCUUUCCAAAAUAUUCCAUACCAAAAACCAAUCAGCGUUCGCUUUACAAACUAUGUCAAGUCAACAGACGCUUCGCCACUUCCUGUGACCACCAACAAAGCCAAUAAUCCUUGGUGGUGUCGGAGUAAUCUGUGGAACAGGAGCCCGGGGACGCGAAGCCAUGUUGGACAGCCCUUCUAUCUUCUUCUCUCUUCGAAAAGUUGGUCGAGAAUGCGAGAACAGCCAAGUGACGCCUUCUCGCAAUUUGUGAAAAGGGCUUUAUUCUGUUGUGUGCCUCGUUUUUGUUGCAAGUGCGCACACGCCUGCUCUCUUCUCUUUUUUCUUCUCCUUCUGCUUCCUUCCCCCCAUUUGCACAUUCCGUCACGCACAGUAGAGUAAUGUGAGUUGCAAUGAGCAAGAUAUAUGUAAGGCAAGAAGGGGGUUGAAGCACAGAGGAGGUCCUUUUGAAUAUAUUUCAUUUUGAGAGCUCGCUCAGCUUCUAUUCUACACCAUUACUAUUCUUCGUCUCUUUGCUCUUUCUGCUUCGUGUGCGUGUUUGUGACUCCGUUAUGACUCAUACACGUCUUAUUUUUCAUUAUUUCCUCUUCUUCUUUCAGAUGGGAGGUGUUAUAUCUUUCAUUUCACUACGACAUCAUAAUGAGAGUCAUCUCACACCGAGCAAACAGGUCAGUCAAACUCAAACACGUCUAGAAACCGGUAAAUAUGUUCUAGGUGCGUACAAGGAAUGGGCUUGUCGAAGGAUUCAGAAUCAAAAUUGACGACGAAAAAGAAGUAGAUCUAUUCCUGGGAAUACCAUUUGCCAAGCCACCAGUUGGAGAUCUCAGAUUCAAAAACCCAGAGCACACCGAGGAUUGGGACGGUGUCCGGAAAUGCGUGCGAUUCGGUCCGAGAGCUCCUCAGGCCGACUUUUUCUGGGAGCGAUUCACUCUUGGAGUCGGCAAAAGUGAGGAUUGCCUCUACUUGAACGUCUUCUCCCCAACUUGGAAAGCAGAGGAGAUGUCUAACGGGGUAUGUUCCUUUUGGUCACUGGUUCACUGUUUCCGAGUCCCUUCUCUUUCAGCUUCACCCAGUUAUGGUGUAUGUUCACGGCGGUGGUUUCCUGAUUGACUCUGCCGUCAAAUACGGCGACGAAGGAAUUGCUAAGUGAGUUUGAAAGUAGUCCGUGCGGAGACAUGUAACACAGACUACAUGUUACACCAUGCACCGCUAGAUGUAGCCAACAUGACCCGCUCUCAAGACAAACUUAAAUUGCUCUUGAGAAAAGAAAAGGGGUUUGUGGUUUUCAAGACGACAGAAGGGUCCCACUUUACCCUUUAUGCUUCGAAUUUCAGAUAUCUGUGUCGGCAUGGAGUGGUCGUCGUCACUAUUCAGUACCGCCUCGGUCUUCUCGGAUUCUUCUCAACUGGCGAUCAAGUUUGCCCUGGAAACCUCGGACUUUGGGACAUGACGAUGGCUCUUGAAUGGGUCCGCGACAACGUGCACGCUUUUGGAGGGGAUCCCCGAAAAGUGACCGUUUUCGGGCAGAGUGCUGGGGGUGUAAGUGUAGAUCUGCUUGCAUUGAGCCCUCACUCAAGAGGUUUGUGCUCUGGUCGCUGGAGUGUGAGAGUGACACUCGAUUCUUUCCAGACCUCUUCCAUCAAGUUAUUCCGAUGGCUGGAAACGGCGAAUGCGAGUGGAGCACUGUGGGAAAGAACCGCGUGGUCAAUGCGUGCCGGGAGUUUGCAUACAGAAAGUGUUGGGAUGAGAAGGAAGCAAGAGGUUCGUAUUUCGCACACGCCAUACACACAUUUCAGUGUUAUUUUCUAGACGAAAAUGCCAGUGAGAGCAUGUUGGCCUUUCUGCGUACAAAGAAAGAAAAGGAAUUCGAAAAGCGUUUGCUCACGCGAAAAGGUGUUGACGUCUCGAAAAUCGGUCUCGAUUUGGCUCCAGUUAUUGGCACCAAACCGAGUGAUUUCCUGCCGAAGCCAAUUGAGGAACUGAGAAGCGAAGCACCGAAAAAGAAUAUAAUGGUUGGCACAUGCGAACACGAAGGACUGCUUUUCGGUACCAGGAUCCUUUCUUCUCCUGGAAAAUGUCCUUGUUUCAGCUAGUUUGGGUCCGAGCAAUUUUGACGAGAAGGGAAUUGACAAACUGCUUUCUAUUUUAAUUACCGAGGAGAAUAAUGAAAAUUUCGAAGAGCUGAGAAAAGAAGCAAAGGCUAUGUAUCUGAAGAAACGGUCAGAAGAUGAAGACGAAAAAGAAGUUGCCGCAAGGGGUUACAUUCAGGUACAUUCUGCACUCAAACUGUGCAACUGUUGAAUUGAAGACAUGUUGAAAUUCCAGUUAUACAGCGACAUCUUCGUCAACAACGGCACAUUCAAUUAUGCUGAGAAAAUGACAAAACUUGGGAACAAAGUGUUCAUGUACUCGUUUGACUAUUGUAAUCCAAGAAGUUUUGGAAUUCUUUCGUUGCGAGCACCUUUCAGAGGUACAUUCCACUAUAAUUCGUUCAUUUCAAGCUCUAUUUUUAGCUGCCACGCAUUGCACAGAACUUGCAUAUCUCUUCGGAGUUUCCAUCGUCUUCAACUACCGCUACAACGAAACGGACAAAGCGAUGCUCGAUUUGAUGACAAGAAUGUGGACCAACUUUGCUAAAUAUGGGUGCGAGGGCAAUCUUUGAGAGUCUCUCAUUCAUAAUGUCUCUUCAGAAAUCCCAACGGACAAUAUGAAGACUCGACGGUGUUUGACUUCAAAUGGGAGCCGACGACCAAGGAAGAGCUCACGAGAUUCUUGGUCAUCAACGAGAAAAAAUGCGAAAUGCGAACUGUUUACCAGGAGAACCGUGCCGAGUUCUGGAAGAAAAUAACAAUCUGCGCAAAGAGCUCAUAG